AGUGAGCGGGAGUCGUACAGGACAAGUGGUCAGUCGUAGCACACAGGAACGAGGCUCAGGCUCUCACUUGGGUACAGCAAUCCAGCCCAGGACUGUGCGGUUAAAAGCGGCCACUCUGCAUUUUGCUCAGCAUGGACAUCGACAUGGAAAGUUGUGGAGUAACUGCUGAGGAGACGGAGCUCCGAGUGCGUACGACGGAAAAGACUUCUGGAGUAACUGCUGAGGAGACGGAGGUCCGAGUGCGUACGACGGAAAAGAGUUCUGGAGUAACUGCUGAGGAGACGGAGCUCCGAGUGCGUACGACGGAAAAGAGUUCUGGAGUAACUGCUGAGGAGACAGAGGUCCGAGUGCGUACGACGGAAAAGAGUUCUGGAGUAACUGCUGAGGAGACAGAGGUCCGAGUGCGUACGACGGAAAAGAGUUCUGGAGUAACUGCUGAGGAGACAGAGGUCCGAGUGCGUACGAGGGCAAAGAGUAUUGUGAAGGAGGAGGCUGAGGCCCCUCCGAAGCCCCUGUACGAUGACCCCACCCUAGCACACGCCAGGAGGUGCAGCGUGAUCCUGAGUGAUGUCAAGUAUAAGGAGGAGUAUGAAAAGACCAAGUGGCAGUGCAGGGUUGGUCCCGACACGCCUGUGAUCCAGCAUGCCAAGCACAUGGGCACUCUCGUGUCUGAGAGUAAGUAUAAGGAGGAGGGCAUGAAGGACGCAACCGUCUCUCUCUACCACGUGAUGCCGGACACCAUGCAGACCCAGCACGCCAGGGAGGCCGAGCAGCUGCGCAGCGAGAUUAAGUACCGUGAGGUGGGGAAGAGUGAGAUCACCAGCUCCCUCUACGCACUGCUGCCAGAGACCACCGAGACGCAGCUGGCCAAGGAGCACUCCCAACUGCAGAGUGACAACAAGUACCGAGAGGAGGGGAAGAAGGAGGCGUCCACGUCUCUCUACUCUGUUCUGCCAGAGACGUUAGAGACCCAACACGCCAGAGAAGCCUCUGAGCUGCAGAGUGAGACGAAGUACAAAGAGGCUGGCAAGAAAGAAGCCAGCACGUCUCUAUAUGCCCACAUGCCAGAAACCAAUGAGAUCCAGCACGCCAAAGAGGUGUCCCAGCUACUGAGCGAGGUCAAGUACAAAGAGGGCCGGAGAGGCACGUGCUCCUCCCUGUACUCCCAGCUGGCCGACACGGCCGAGAUCCAGUUCGCUCGGGAGAUGACCGAGAUGCUGAGUGAGAACAAGUACAAAGAGAGUGGUAAAAAGAGCAUCUCCAACAGUGUCUACUCACAGCUAGCCGACACCACAGACAUCCAGUUCGCUAAAGCCAUCGCUGAACUGACCAAUGAGAGAAAGUACAAAGAGGCAGGCAAGAAGGGUGUGAACAGCUGCCUGUAUUCCCUUCUUCCUGAAACGCUGGAAACCUUGCAUGCCAAACAGGUCUCCGAGCUACUCAGUGAGAUCAAGUACAAAGAGGAGAAGAAGGACAACACAUCAAGCAUUUAUCAUCUGAUGCCGGAGACCAUGACCACACAGUUUGCUAAAGAGGUUUCAGACAUUCAAAGUGAGGUGAAGUACAAAGAGAAGAGCAAGAGCUCCUCCUCCAGCAUCUACUCCCAGCUCCCUGAAACUACGGAGACGCAGUUCGCCAAGCAGAUGUCCCAACUGCAGAGUGAGUCCAAAUACAGAGAGGCUGGAAAGAAAGAGGCCUCCAGCUCUCUCUACCACCAGCUGCCAGAGACAAUGGAGACGCAGCACGCUAAAGAGGCUGGCAAGCUACUGAGCGACCUCAAAUACAAAGAAGUGGGAAAGAAGGAUACGUCCAGCUCGCUCUACUCGCUCAUGCCGGACACGACACAGACGCAGUUCGCCCGAGAGAUGACCGACCUGCAGAGCGAGAACAAGUACAAAGAGGACAGCAAGAAGAGCGUCAGCAGCAGCAUCUACUCCCAGCUCCCGGAGACAACAGAGACGCAGUUUGUCAAAGCCGUCUCCCACAUGCAGAGCCAGACUAAAUACAAAGAGGCUGGUAAGAAGCAGGCUUCAAGCGCGCUGUACCACGGACUGCCGGAGACCUUGGAGACCCAGCAUGCCAAAGAAGCCCACCAGCUGCAGAGUGAGCUCAGAUACAAAGAGGGAGGCAAGAAGGAGAUCUCGUCCAACCUCUACUCUCAGCUCCCUGAGACAGCGGAGACCCAGUUUGCCAAACAGCAGUCGGAGCAGCGCAGCGAGAUGAAGUACAGAGAGGACAUGAAGGACAACUCCAUCAACCUCUAUUCCCUCCUGCCAGAGACAGCAGAGACCAAGUUUGCUAAGGAGAUGACUGACAUGCAUAGUGAGGCCAAGUAUAGAGAGGCCGGGAAGAAGCAGGCGUCCAGCUCUCUCUACCACCAGAUGCCUGAAACACUGCAGACCCAGCACGCCAAGGAGGCCUACCAGCUCCAGAGUGAGGUGGUGUAUAAGGGGGGGAAGGCGGACUUCUCCGGGUCCACGUACACACAGCUGCCUGAGACACUGCAGACCCACUUCGCCAGAGAGAUGACAGAACUGCAAAGCCAGAACAAGUAUAAGGAACAAGGGAAAAAGGAGAUGAGCACCAGUAUCUACUCCCAGCUGCCAGAGACCAGAGAGACCCAGUUUGUUAAAGCCGUGUCAGAGGUGGUGUCAGAGGCCAAAUAUAAAAAAGCCGGUCAGAGCAAGACGCCUGCCUCCCAGUACUCCACAAUGCCUGAGACUCUGGACACACAACACGCUAAACAUGCGUCUGAACUUCAAAGCGAGCUGAAGUACAAGCAGGAGGGGAGGAAGGCUCAGCCCCACUGCCUCUACGUGCUCAUGCCAGAGACACCGCAGACCCAGCUGGCCAAGGACAUCAUGGAGGCCCAGAGCCACGUCAAGUACAAGGAAGAGGGCAAGAGGGCGGCGUCCAGCAGCCUCUACUCACAGCUACCUGAGACCGCUGACACGCAGAUGGCCAAACAGAUGUCAGAGAUGCAGAGCGAGUCCAAGUACAAGCAGGAGGGGAAGGAAGAGGCGGCCGUGUCGCUGUACCACCAGCUGCCUGCCACCCUGGAGACGCAGCACGCCAGAGAGGCCUACGAGCUGCAGAGCCAAUCUAAAUACAAAGAGGCUGGGAAAAAGGCAGCGACCACAUCCCUGUACCAUCACUUGCCAGAAACGCUUGAGACGCAGCAUGCCAAAGAAGCCUCCAAGCUAGCGAGCGAUGUCCGGUACAAAGAGGGUGUGAAGAAGGAGCUGGCCACUUCCCUCUACUCCCAGCUGGCUGACACGUCCGAAACCCAGCUGGCCAGGGAGCUCACAGAACUGCAGAGUCAGAACAAGUACAAAGAGGACAGCAAGAAGAGCGUCAGCAGCAGCAUCUACUCCCAGCUCCCGGAGACAACAGAGACGCAGUUUGUCAAAGCCGUCUCCCACAUGCAGAGCCAGACCAAAUACAGAGAGGCGGGUAAGAAGCAGGCCUCCAGCUCGUUGUACCAUCAGCUGCCAGAGACACUGGAGACUAAACACGCCAAAGAGGCCUACGAGCUUCAGAGUGAGAUAAAGUACAAGGAGGGCGGUAAGAAGGAAGCGGCCUCGUCCCUCUACUCACAGCUGCCAGAGACAACGCAAACACAGCUCGCCAAGGAGCUUUGUGACAUCUACAGUGAGGUGAAGUACAAAGAGGGCGGAAAGAGAGAGAUCUCCUCCAAUCUUUACUCACUGCUCCCUGAGACCGCCGAGACCCAGUUUGCCAAGGAGCAGUCUGAGCUCCAGAGUGAGGUCAAGUACAAAAGAGAGACCCAGUCGGAGCUGCCCAACUGCCUGUACGCCCUGCUGCCUCAGACCAGCGAGAUCCAGUUUGCUAAAGAAGUGGCCGAGUCCCUGAGUGAGCGGCUGUAUAAAGAGGAGGGGAAGAAGCAGGCGUCCACGUCUCUCUACUCUGUUCUGCCAGAGACGUUAGAGACCCAACACGCCAGAGAAGCCUCAGAGCUGCAGAGUGAGAGCAAGUACAAGGCGAGUGGGAAACACAGCCUCUCCACAUCUCUCUACUCCCAGCUGCCCCAGACCAUGGACACCCAGUUUGCUGCGAUGCUCUCGGACCUGCAGAGUGACAACAAGUACAAAGAGGAGGGCAAGAAGAGCGUCAACAACUGCAUCUACUCCCAGCUCCCAGACACCACCGACAUCCAGUUCGCUAAAGCCAUCUCCGAGCUUCAGAGCCAGACCAAGUACAAAGAGGCUGGAAAGAAGGAGAUCUCCAGCUCGCUCUACUCCCAGCUGCCUGAGACUCUGGAGACGCAGCACGCCAAAGAGGUCGGCCAGCUCCUCAGCGAGAACAAGUACAAAGAGGGGAGGAAGGACACCAACCCCAGUUUGUACUCCCAGCUCCCUGAGACCAACCAGACUCAGUUUGCCAAGGCAGUCUCUGAGCUGCAGAGUGAGAGUAAAUAUAAGCAGAAGGCCAAAGAGGAGGAGUCCUGCAGUCUGUUCCACCAGCUGCCUUACACAACACACACGCAGUUUGCCAAGCAGGUGGCAGAGAUGCAGAGUGAGCACCAGUACAAGCGUGACACACUGCAGGAGAUGUCCCACUGCCUGUACGCACAGCUUCCCCAGACGGCUCAGACCCAGUUUGCCAAAGAGCUGGCCCAGUCGCUGAGCGAGAGUAAGUACAAAGAAGAGGGAAAGAAGGAUAUGGUGAACUGUCUGUACGCCCAGAUGGCUCAGACCAGUGAAACACAGCAUGCCAAAGAGCUAUCCCAGCUCUACAGCGAGAAAAGCUACAGGGAAGGUGCUAAGACAGACGCAGGAGCCUAUCUGUAUGCACAGAUGCCUCAGACCAUCGAAACUGUGUUCGCCAAAGAAGUGGGCAAGCACCAAAGCAACAAACUGUACAAGGAGAAGUAUGAGGCGGAGAAAGGAAAGGCAAGCUACACCAACAUGAAGACCCUGCCCGAUGUCCAGCACGCCAUGGAGGUCAACAAGAAGCAGAGCGCAGUGGAGUACAGGAAGGGCAGGCUGGACAUGCACAAGUACAGUGACGUGGUGGACAGACCAGACAUACGCAGUGCCACCGAAGCAACCAAACUGGCUAGUGAUGUGGCGUAUAAGAGCAAGGCCAAAGCCAAUCUGUACAACGAGCAGUCUGUUCUGGGCAGGCCUGAUAUCGAGCAUGCAAAGAGGACCUCUUCUCUGGCCAGCCAGGUGAAAUAUAAGGAGAAGUUUGAGAGGGACCAAAAGGGACAGAAGCCCCAGUAUAACCCUGGAGACUGUGUGUCCUUCAAACACACCCAGGCGGCCUCAGCCCUCGCUAGCCAGGUCAAGUACAAGAGUGGUCAGAUGCAUGAGCCAGCCACAGAUCUGCCUAACCUGCUUCAUCUGGGUCACACUCUCCACGCCAGCAAGCUGCAGAGCAACGUGGAGUACAGGAAGAAGUACGAGCAGUCCAAGGGCCGCUACCACAUCGCCUUGGACACAGCAGAACAGCUCCACCACAAGGAGAAUGCCGUGCUACACAGCCAGGUCAAAUACAAAGAGGACUAUGAGAAAUCAAGAGGCAAGUCCCUGAUGGAGUUUGUGGACACUCAGUCUUACAAAGUGUCCAAGGAAGCUCAGAAAAUGCAAAGUGGGAGAAAGUACCGGAAGGAGUACGAGGACACUGUGCGGGGCAGAGCUCUGGUGGAUGUGGACCUCACCCCAGCAUACAUCACCGCCCGCAACGCCACUAGCCUCAUCAGCGAUAAAGAGUACAGGAAGGAUCUGGAGUUGGAGGUGAAGGGGAAGGGGAUGUCGGCUCUGGAGGACACGCCAGACCUGCUGCGGGCGAAGAACGCCGGGCAGAUCCUCAACGAGAAAGAGUACCGCAAAGAUCUUGAGACGGAGAUCAUUGGCAAAGGCAUGGAGAUCAGCAGCGAUGUCCUUGACAUCCAGAGAGCCAAGAAGGCCUCCGAGAUAACCAGCCAGCUGAACUAUAAGCAGACGGAGAAGCUGAAGGAGCACUCAUACGGCACGCUGACGGACACCCCUGAGCUGCUGCAUGCCGCCUACCUGAAGGACGUGUACAGCCAGAAAAAGUACAAGGACGAGGCGGAGAGACUGAAGGUCUCGUACGGAGGGCUGUCGGACACCACGGAGAUGGAGAGAGUCAAGACCAACCAGAGGAACAUCAGCUCACUCAGGUACACAUGGGACUCGAAGCUGAUGAGGGGACUGAUGUCCUCUGUCACAGAAACGCCGGAGAUUGUUCUGGCCAGAGAGAACGCAAAGAAUUUCAGCGAUGUGAAGUACCGGGAGGGUGUUGGCAGUGGAACCGCAGUGAAGGAAACCCCAGAGAUGGAACGAGUCCGCCGGAACCAGGAGAACAUCAGCUCAGUAAGAUAUAAGAAGCCGGCAGGGCAGGCCACCAGUGUUGGGAUGACUCCAGAACUGGAGCGGGUCAAACAGAACCAAGAGAACAUCAGCUCUAUAAAGUAUCAGAAGGGUCUGCAGGAGGUGAAGGGCCGCUCUUGUUCAGAACUGGACACUCCUGAAAUGCGGCGUGUCCGCAAGUCUCAAAACGACAUCUCCAUGGCCAAGUACCAUGAGGACUUUGAGCGCGCGCGGGGUCGUGGUGGCACCCCUGGGCUGGAGGAGGGCAUGGGCAUGGGCAUGGAGCACGGGCACCCCCACCCCCACCACAACAACCAGGUGAUGAGCGAGGCCGCCUACAAAGGCGUGCACCCACAGGUGGUAGAGAUGGACCGUAGACCGGGCAUCAACGUAGACCUGAAGGUGUGGCGCACUGAUCCUGGGUCCAUCUUUGAUUUUGACCCCGUGGAGGAUAAUAUUCAGUCCAAGAGCCUGCACAGACUGUCCGAGCGGGCCAGUCGGCUGAGCAGGCAGCAGUCGCAGCAGUCGCUGCCGUCCCAGGCCCAGUCCGUGUGCAGCUCCAUCGGCUCCGAGCUGUGGGACCGCAGUGUGUCUGUGUGCAGCAGCAGCUCCGCCAUGCAGUCCCAGCCGGACAGAGGUGCGUACCACCAAGGAGGACAGCACCAGGGACACUACAUGCACCAGAGCAGCAUGUCCUCAGUGAGGUCUGUCCAGUCUCCCCCUCACUCCGCCACCAUGAGAGUGUAUCGCGCUCUGUACGACUAUGCCGCCCAGGACCAUGACGAGGUGUCUUUCCGCGACGGCGACGUCAUCAUCAACGCGCAGCCCAUCGACGAGGGCUGGAUGUACGGCACCGUCCAGAGGACCGGCAGGUCCGGCAUGCUGCCCGCCAACUACGUGGAGUGUUGCAAUUAGAGGGGAGGAUCUGGUUGGGUUUUUUGGGGGGGGGGCAGGGGGAUACGGUAGGAUAAUUCGACAGAACACCUGCCCUCAAACCCCACCCCAGCUCCCGCCCUAGCUGUGGGGGCAAUAGAAGUCCUGGGAGGCUGAGGAGUCGAGUGUGCUGUAGUUCCGAGGCACACUGCAGCCAUAAUGUUAGCUACGCUGUUUAGAUCUCUAUGAGCAUGACCUGGACAGGUAUUCAACUCCUUCUGUGCCACACAUUAAUACACAUCUUGCUUUAUAAAAACUGUGAUUCUAUGCUUAUGGGGAUGUUAAUGUCGUGUUAUUGUUACUGGAUGAAAAUACUGAAACGGAUUAUGGCCCAGUAUGUCUAGUUCUGCUCAGGUAGGAUCGGCAAGCAGGGAGAGAGAGAAUAUGAAUAUAGAACAUAGAAUGGUCAGUAGAAUUUCUCCGCCCUCAGGACUUCUAUUGGAAGGACAGACCUGCCUUGUAUUAUUCCUUUGUGUCUCUAUUUUUGUUAACUUUCACAUUUAGGUGUUAUCACUAAUACAUUUUUUUAUUAUUGUUAUUAUUAUAAUUAUAUGGUUAUUAUAAUUUACAAAAAAGGAAAAACAUUGAGUGACAGACUCUGGGUUCUUCAGUAAGGUGGUCUGCAGCAACACAACCUGUUAUGUUAUUAUUAACACUUUUUUUCUUAUGAGUAUUGUGUUAUUAUUAACUUUUUUUUUUCUUAUGAGUAUUGGGUAGUUCAGUGCUGUAGACAUGGUAAACAAUAUCUCCUGUCUCAAUGACCUUGACUGUGUUGUAUGUUUGUAUACAAUAUGCAUGUACAGAAUACUAACUGGGAUCUAUAGUACGUUUUCUGAGGCGAAGUCCAACUCUAUAGAUGUUGAAGCAAAGUUCCAGCAGGUUGUUUAAGACAUCAUUCUGUGGCUAGUGGCACGAGAACACCAUGAAAAGAUAUGUGUGUAUAUUAGUACUGCGGAAUCACAAGGUUGUUUAGGUGCAGAGAUAAUUGCAGCACUGUCUGUGAUGAGGGCAGUCCAAAAUAUUUCAGUUACAUAAGCAAUAUAUCGUUUUGUCACUUAGAUACACAUAUACAGAACACCCUUAAAAUCCAUGUUUCUGUGACAGAUUCAUGGAUGUUGACUUUUUGUGUCACUCAACUCAACUGAAAGAAUUGACAUUAUCCAGAAUAUUCCACAUUAUUCCAACUCCAUAAAGGAGAUGCAAAUAACCAUAGUGUGUUGCACAUCUAAUGGUUUUAAUCAAGUUUCUGCACAUCCGUCUUGGGUUAAUAUUCUCUUGUACAAAAAGGAAAUAAAAGUAUUUCCCUUUGUUGAUUUGAUUGUGUUAACAAAAUCACUGUACCAGAUAAUAAUUUCUUUUGAUAACCAAUGCACCUGAGUUUUUAUUAAUUGCGGUGGUUCACAUGUGUGGCAAAUAAACUGCUUUGUCAACAUUCAA